UACACCAGCCUUGCGAUGCGCCCCUCGUUACCCCUCCUCCCCCACGUCUUCCCCGAACUUGAGCCUCAUUUGCAUCGCCUGUUCUGCACGCGACGCAGUCACCAUCAGCUUUCGAGAGUGUCCCGGCGCGUCCGUGUUCAGCAGUCGUCGCCCUCGUGGAAACCUAGAAUGGCCGGCAACGCCGCCUACGAACAAUGGACACAAGAGCAGCUGAUUGCUAGGAUUAAAGAGCUCGAAGGGAAACUGACUACUGAUUCUCCUCUAAGUACGGUGGAGACGAAUAAACCGGUCGAGCCGAAUCCACAUACCACCAGCUUUGCUGUACCCGCACCGACUACCACACGAGUUCCCUAUCGGAAACCGCCCAAGCAGCCACCGAAGGCCUUUGACGCCUCAAAAUACAACACGAGAUUCAUCGCACUCAAAUUUGCCUACCUGGGCCAGAAUUAUCAAGGUUUUGAACACCAUAAGAACAACAAGACGCCAUUGCCCACGAUUGAGGAGGAGCUAUGGAAGGCAUUGAUGAAAACACGCCUUAUAAACCCCACGAAAAGCGAAAGCAAAGACGAGGGGUAUGCCAAGGUCGAUCGGAAAACACACACAGCUUGGAACAGAGAAGGCGCUGAUGUGAAUUGGGAUGGUUGCGAGUACUCAAAGUGCGGGCGGACAGACAGAGGGGUGAGCGCCUUUGGCCAAGUAAUCGGCAUUCGCGUUCGUAGCAAUCGACCAUUGCCAAAACUUAAACCCGUUCCUGAACCCGAUCAACUUGAGUCUGUGGAUCAAGAACAGACCGAAUCUGAAAUCCCUCAAGACUACAUUCGUCUUCCUUCCGAUAGCGAGACGGAAGAGCCGCCGCCACAGUCCUUCAGCGACCUCACCGACGAACUUCCUUAUAUUGAGCUCCUUAACCGCGUUCUACCCCCCGAUAUCCGAGUCUAUGCCUGGUGCCCCAACCCACCCGCCGACUUCUCGGCACGCUUCUCAUGUAAAGAACGCCGCUACAAAUACUUCUUCACCAACCCCUGUUUCGCGCCCCCACCAGGUCCCUCGAGUCUAUACACACCAGCAACGACUGAAGAAGAUGGAGAAUCUACACCGAUACGCGAGGGCUACCUCGACAUUGCCAAAAUGCAACAAGCAUGCAACCACCUAAUCGGCCUCCACGACUUCCGCAACUUUUGCAAAAUCGACGCCUCAAAACAGCUCACAAACUUCAACCGACGCAUCUUCCACGCCGAGAUUGAGGAAAUCUCCCCACUCUCCCUCCCUUCUUUCCUUUCGCACACCGCCAUAGCCCCUCCGACAUCCAGUAUUAGUGGUUCGCAACCAGAACCCCCAAAGAUGUACUCCUUCACACUCCACGGCUCAGCAUUCCUCUGGCACCAAGUCCGCUCUCUAGUCGCGAUCCUAUUCCUAGUCGGCCAAUCUCUCGAACAGCCGUCCAUCGUCCCCGCCCUCCUCAACAUCUCCAAGAACCCAACCCGCCCGAAAUACGAGAUGGCGUCCGACGCGCCGCUCGUGCUCUGGGACUGCAUCUUCCCGCACGCCGAAGAAGUGCAAUCCAGCGAAGAACGCGAACACGGAUACGAAGACCGGCUUGAAUGGAUCUACGUUGGUGAUGGUGGCGGUGCACCGUCUCCUGGUAGCAACAACAAAAACAGCGGCGAGGUGCCGUUGGGCAAAGGGAAAUGGGGCCGCGGUGGUGUGGUGGAUGAUGUGUGGGAGGUUUGGCGGCGGAAUAAGAUUGAUGAGACGUUGUCGGGGUUGUUGUUGGAUAGAAUUGCUGGGUUGGGACGGUCGGCGCUGGAUGCUGAUGUUUUUAGGGAAGGGGGUUUGGAGAAGGAGAAGGAGAAGGAGGGGAAAGCCAAGAGCGAUGGAGGUGCGUGUAGGGUGUUUGACGGGGGAAAUAUGGGGAGGGCUAAGGGAGGGUACACUCCGUUGAUGAAGAGGGAACGACAGGAGCCUGUUGAGGUUGUUAAUGAGAAGUAUGCGAAGCGAAAGGGGUUAGAUGUUAGUAAGAUGCAGGCGAAAGAUGAUGAGGCGGAUGAGUGA